UCUUGUCAGAAUCUAAAGUAUUUAGCUCGCUAGCUAGAGUCGUUACUGAACUUGUUUCGUAAAGCCAAGUGAUUUUUUUAAGCUUUGUUGUUUGGCAGUGUACAGUAUUCCACAUCUCAUCCUUUUCCCCCCCACGAUACAAGGAAAUAACUUGUUUUAGUGAUGCCAAACAAAACGGUCAUAAACGCUUGAAUAUAACGUUAGCUAUAGCAAUGUCCAGUUUCCUGACAAACUUUUAGCAAAUUCGGCUCAUCGCCUGUUUACAAAAAAUAGCGUUAUAAGUAUAAAUAAUUCCUAUAUAUCAUUGUUACUUGGUACUUCAGCUGAUUUAAGUCCAUCAAGUUGUUAUUAAUACGUUUUCGUCGCGUUUUCCAGCUCAUUAAUGGUGGCAAAGCUCUUGUCAUUAAAGCGACAUCGUCAAACCUCUCUAAAGCAUCUGGGCUGCACUCUUACACGCUUUUCAGACAUGGAGGGACAAGUUAAAAACAUUUGACUGACAUAUCGACAACAUUCAACAGUCAGUUCCCUGUGAAGUUGAUCUCGAAACUCUGCGGCCCAGCCAUGUCUGGAUCCCCGGGCUCGAGUGGCUCCAACCCGCGGAAGUUCAGCGAGAAGAUCGCGCUGCACAACCAGAAACAGGCGGAGGAGACGCGGGCCUUCGAGCAGCUCAUGACAGACCUCACCGUCUCAAGGGUGCAGUUCCAGAAGAUCCAGCAGCUCCGUCUGUCUCAGAACCGGGCACAGUACUACGGUGGCUCGCUGCCCAACGUCAACCAGAUAGGCAAUGCCAGCACUGAUUUCCAGGGGGUGUUUCCCUCCGGUCUGGACUCUGUGCGAGGGACUAGACACCAUGGUCUGGUGGAGAGGGUCCAUCGAGACCGCAAUCGGAUCAACUCACCGCACCGCAGGCCCAUUGACAAGCACGGACGGCAGGCUGAGAGUUCUCCAUAUGGAACGAUGUACCUUUCUCCUCCCCCUGACAACAGCUGGAGAAGGGAGCAACUGCCAUGGACUGAAGAGAAACGACCUGGAUUUAGAUUAAUAUCACAGCUUAACAGAACAAACUCUGACUCAGCUCUGCACACCAGCGCCAUGAGCCCAAACCCACAGGAUCCUUUUGGCAUGAACCAGCAGAUGGGCAGAGGACCUCCUCAGCGGAACGCCAGCAUGAAUGAAGCAGAGGUGGACAAUGCUGGAGAUGUGUUCUCAUUUCCUGCUGUCCCUAAUGAGGACAAUCUACUCGGUGUGAAUAAGCCACUGCCCAAACAGUUAUGGGAGGCCAAAAAGGUGCAGUCUCUGUCCUCCCGGCCAAAGUCCUGUGAAGUGCCUGGAAUCAAUAUAUUCCCAUCUCCAGAGCAGAAUGCUGGUCUGUCUCACUACCAGGGCACGUUAAACACUGGCGGGUCUUUGCCUGACCUCAGUAACCUGCACUUCCCCUCUCCGUUGCCUACUCCGCUGGACCCUGACGAGGCUGGAUAUCCCAACCUGAGCGGAGGCAGCAGCACCGGCAACCUGCCUGCAGCCAUGAUGCAUCUGGGCAUUGGAAAUUCACAAGGGCUGUCAUCCUCUCUAAGCAACCCUUCCAUCCAGGCGUCCCUCAACAACUCUCAGCUGCACUCAUCUCUCAGCAAUCCAUCGCUCCACACGUCCCUACGUCUCUCCUCGCUGUCCAACCCUCCUCCAACGGGCAUGGCGAGUUCACCCAGAAGGCGCCCGGCACCCAUUAGUCCUCUGACGCUCUCUCCAGGGGGUGAUCAGAGACGAAGCCUGAGUAAGCAGCUCUCCCCGACAAUGUCGCCCUCACUCUCUCCGAUCACACAGCAGUUUGCGCUUGAAGAGAUACUCAGCUACUCAUCUGCGGCGGGCCAUUUCUGUGGCAAUGUGUGCUGCAGUAGCGCUGUCAUAUCUGGCUACCAGGAGCCGGGGGUUGCCUUGGACACCAGUAACUUACCAAUGGAACCGCCCCCUCCCUACCCCCAUUACCAGCAAACCCAGCAGCAACAGCCUCCCCAGUCCCAUCAGUCUAUUCAGCAGAGCUCCCAGCAUCCAGGGGUGCAGCAGCGACAAACAGGUGGCCAACAGCAGCAACAACAGCACCAACAGCACCAGCCUGUGUCCCCGCUGCAGAACGUCCCACUCGACUUUAAUUCCAGCGCUCACAACAGCAUGGCAGCAUUCUUUAACGAUCCCUUUAUGGAGCUGCAAUUCUCCGGACGUCAGUCCAAGUGUUCGUCCUAUCAGGAUCAGUAUAACAUGUUGGAGAAUGUCAUGAGCUCAGUGGCUGGAGGAUUUGACCCUUCCUCCAACCUCUACUGCUCCCAGGCUGCCCUCAUGGGCUUGGGUGGUAGCCAUGGCAACCUGCAAGACCACCAUCAGAUGAGGCACAACAUGCUUUACUCUAAUUGUGGAGGAGGAGUGCCCAACAUCAUCCUUACAGACGACUCCAAUCCCAACCUGUCUAAGGACAUCAGCAGUGUGUUGUCUGCAGUGCCAGAGUGUUUGGACUCAGAGGGAGGUUUUCCACUGGAGGAUGAACUUCGUAUCGAGCCGCUCAGUUUGGAUGGACUGAGCAUGCUCAGUGACCCUGAUAUGGUCCUCCCUGACCCCUCAGUAGAGGACAGCUUUCGAAGCGACAGACUUUAAAGAGCCACAUCAUGCAUGUAUACAUGCAUACAAGUCCAUGGACAUGAUGACUAAAGCACAGAACCUAUAGCACUCAGAUUUCUACAAACAUAUAAAAAAUAUCUUUUUUACGUUUUCUUAAACACAAAGCGCAUGCAUAAACACUACAUGUUGAUCUAAAACGAAUCAUCAAGUUCGCAUGAGUCACCCAGACGCCGUCUCUCAGUGGCCGCCAUUGCUCAGCAUGCUCCAUCUGUCUCCCGAGACAACGCUCAUCACUCAACAGAUGUGUGAAACCAAUCUGGACGCUUCACAGUUGCUUUGACCUGUAAAGACGACGAAACAAACACACAUGCUUAAACACAUGAACCUGCCGUGUGUCUACUCCUAGUGCCGAGUGACAAUCAACACCGAAGCCAUAGCAAUGCCAAA